AUUACUACCGUAUUUGUAACAUUCACAAAGAAGGGCGAUACAGCACACCAGGCGCUCGUCAUCGAAUACGAAAGUUUCGUCGAAGACGAAGCUGCGCUAAACGUAGCUAUGCUUACAGCUCCUGGAUUCCAUUCAAAGCAGGAGGAAAUUUGGUCGCGAGGAAAACGGAAAUACGAGAAACUUGAAGAAAGCGAAGCCAAUGUUGUGGCAGUUUUUGUGGAAGUGGAUGCUACAUGCCCUGAUCAAACUGUUGAAUUGGUGGCAUCGGUAAAUUUGCCGCCUCCAGCAGCCGCUUCUGGCUUCGUCAGUGCAACACCAUCUGCUCAGUCAAUUCAGGAAGCGCCUUCCGUAUCGUCUGAAUCAUCCUCUGCUGGGCUGCAUCAAGUGCCCAGAUUCGUGAAAACACUGGAGGAUACAACAGCAACAACGGGGCAAUCACACCAGUUCAAGUGCAUUGUAAGUGGUACGCCAGCACCAGUAAUACGGUGGCGUGUUGAUGGCGAUGUGAUCCAGGAUUCUGACGUUUAUCAAACGGUAUAUGAAGAUGGAGUUUGUAUUCUAAAAAUUCGAGAGCUUGCUCUGGAAGAUGAAGGAGAAUAUACGUGUGAGGCAACAAAUGAUGCUGGCCGGGCAAUCACUAAAUGUUUCCUGCGCAUUAUAAGUGAGUUCUUUUGCAGUUGUGUUGAGGUAGGGCUUGUCUCAUUCUCUGAAAGCUUGGAUUAUCGACAAGCAGUGCAGGCAAGUAGUAUGCAGAACGACGAUGCGGUGUCCUGGGAGGUUACUCGUUCCGCUAGUGCCCUAUAUCACUCAAACCCGAGUGAUAAAGCUAAUUUUGUAUUUAGUGCUAACAGCAGUACUAGUGUUAGCUCUCCGCUAGGGGAACUUGUUGCUGUUGUUAAUUAUGAAUUCGUCCAAAAAAUACCGACAUUGGCCGAAACAAUAGCAAUUGUUACCCAGUACACAACACCACAAAAGGGAUACCAGAAGCAGCUCGGAUCUGAAGAGCGGAGUUUCAACGUUUCCGUGUCAUUGCCAAGCGCUGCAAUGCAGUGCAAUACUAUCUGGCUUUAUGGCGAAUUGCAGUGCAUCAAGUACCGCGUGACACAGGAUACUGGGGCCGCUGUCCAGAUUUCUCGGCCACAGCAAGCAGAGGAAGCUGCCUGCAUCCUGAUGGCUGCAAAAUUACCGGCGUACGAAGCCACUUCACUUGCGGAGUGCCAACCAUGGGAAGAAAUUUUGCUGUUAAAAAGGCCUGAAAGCGCCUCCGUGUCGGACAAGGAAUUGCACUGGCGACAGGAAGUUCGCCUACAGUUUCGUGAAAAUUGCACUGGUGAAACUUCCAGUUGUAGUUGCAUCGAUUGCACAAAGUGUUUAAUGAAAAGAGGUUCGUCAGAAAGCAGUUAUCUCGGGCGCAGCUUACAUUGCUAUAUUGACGUUGUGGUUGAAAGGGAUGAUGCGAUUGCCAAAACUAGCGCGACGCUACUUCACGCGAAGCCACGCCUGAAUUUGGAGACGAAAUUUAAAGUCACCAAGGCGAGGAGCUCAGACGACAACAGAACGGUAUUUAAGCAGCGCUAUGAACAAAUGGAACCAAGAACUCUUGCUUUGCCUCCGAAAUUCACAUACAAAGGUCAGGAAAUGGAUGUUGACCUCCUCCUGAAAAAUGAUGCAUGUGAAGCCGAAGAUGCUUCGUUUAUUUUGAAAUGGAAGGAUGAAUAUGCAAAUCUAAGCAGCGCUAGUUUGGCAGCAAUACAGCAAUAUGUGGACACACUAAUUGAUUUUGGGCCAUCACCACCUCUUACUAUUUCAGACAUUCAAGAAGGCUGCAAGCAAACAAGCGUAACAGGACUCAGCAGUGCAACAGUAGGCGAAGCGAUUGUCGGUGACUUUUCUACCGAAGAGUCAUCUAGGCGCAAGACACAAUGCGAUGAAACAGUCAAAAAUCAAAGCGCUACUCCGCAAAAUCCCGAUCACAGUAAUUCAACCGUUACAGAACAAACAGUGAUAUUGCGCAGCAAAAGAAGCAUCUCACCCGCAUCCACAUCAGCAGCACGUGUAUGUAAAAAUGGAUGCGAUGAGGAGGAUGUUGUAAAGGAAAAAUUCGAUAAGCCAGAAAGUUACAUGGGACUGAAUGAAGCAAAUGACAACUGUGCGUACGAAAUACGGAGUCAAGACUUAGAUACUAGGUUUAGCACUAAAGACGCAUUACAGAUCCUUGAAGCUUCUGUAGAAAACAUUGAGACUGAAGCAUUCUUUAAUGCCAGAGAAGAGUUCGAAGUUUUCAGCGAUCCUAUAAAACCCAGCUUGCAGUGCCCUCCCGAAAGUCUGACUGCUUCUUUCUCUACCCAGUUGAAUGUAAACAGUUCAGCUGCACAAAGAAAUAACAGUUUUAAUGGAAAAAAUCGCAAAACCAUUAGCAGCGCCUCAAAUGCAGUUUCGUGGGAUUUGAAAGAUGAGCGCUGUACAGCUCACAGUAACCAAACGGACGAAAUCUUGUUGAAUAUAAAUGCAGUCGAAGAGGCUGCACGAGAAGUCGGCUAUGAUGACACAGAGCAAAUUGAUGAAGCAUUACAAAUCGAGCGCGCAAUUUUUGACAUUUCGGAGCAGCUUGAACGCCAGCAGCCCGUCACUGAGGCACAAGCCGAGGCAAGUGAGGAACUGUUGAAAACGAUGCUUGAAAAUAUCAUUGUAACCCCCGGAGUGACAAGUGUGAAGGAAGCUAUGGUAGCAUACAAAAAGCCGAUUGCACUACUUCGAGAGAAACUAAACGACAUUGAAGUUGCAUUGAUGAGUGACUUUGAAUGCAAUGAAUUGCCGAUACAUCCACCUUUGGCGCAAAUUACAGAGUCUGUGCAACUUACCGAAACCAAAAGUUCCCAGCACGAAGAAACUCUUUCUGAGACCUGGACCGAGAGUUUAAUGGAAAAAGAUCUUCCCGCCAUGUCAGAUUUGAAUUUAAGGCUGAUCCAGCCAAGUGAAAAGGAGAUGGAGAAACAAGAAGUUUUACGUAUGACUCCGUUAACGUCUGACAUCAAAGAACAACUUGAAGAGCUUGAAAUUAUGUUGGAAAAAGCUGUAGAAGACGAAGAAGAGGACACUGAUAUCGGCGAACUAUCCUUUGACGCUGAAACUGUCGUGCCGUUUUACUUGGAUACAAAGCAGCGUGAGGUGCACAACAUCCUAAUGCAAAUCAACAGUGAAAUUAAUAUCAUUAAAGAAUUCUGCCAUCGAAGCAUUUCGCGGAGAAGCGUGGAUGCGGCAAUCAAUGUCUUGCAUAAAAUUCGUAAAAAUGUGUCAUCUGUGGUUGAUCUUAUAUUUAUGAGUAAAAAAAGGUUGCAUAAGAAAAUGCCGACCAAAAGAAGUCAGAAAAUGGCCAGCACUGAACGCAUGGAAUCAGCGAAGCGGGCUAUUAACCCCCAUUUUCUCUCGCCACUUUCUAAGACAGGUUUCUUCUUCAAGACAGAUGCUUCAGUGAACUUCUAUCUAGCAAAGCCAGGUCAAGCGGAAAUCAUCAAUGCAAUUGUGAUGCUUCGCAGUGCUACAGACAAAUCCGAAAAUCAGAAUAAGAGGAGUGGAAGUUCUGAAGCUUCUGUAGCUCAAAGAGAUGUACCAAAAAUUGACGACACAAGUAAAAAGUCCUUUGCGAACGUGAAUCAAAACGACCCGGUAUCGUAUCAGUUCUCCUCGGGUGCUUCAGCUGCUGAGAAUGGACAACCGCUUCCUUCAUCUAUGCUCGUUAAAUCAGCAACGGAAGUAUCAUCAGCUAAUACCAAGAAAUUGGAAGCAAUCCCAGUACCUCCGCCUCGGAGACGAAGAACACGUAGCACACAGGAAGAGACCGAUUUUCAGACUCCCGUUCCUCCACCUCGCCUAAAACAUCACCGCGUGAAAUCAUGUAGUGGAUGUACAGAAGCGUCUUCUGGUGUCGUAGGUACCGUAUCGUUCAAGAAUUCUUAUGAUGGAAAAGAAGAGUUACAGCAAACUACCUCAGCCCAUGUUCCGAAAAACCGUAACGAACUGAACAAACUGACCACCACCAGUGUUGUGUUGUCUGAAAUUGCAGUGCCUUAUGCAAAACCAAUGGUUCAGAAAAAGCCAGACGAGGUUGCGCUUUCAAAACAGUCGCAAAAUAUGAGACCAGUAGAUGAAAUUACAAUCAGUCUUGAAAAAGAGAUUCGGAAGGAUGAGUGCACUUUCGACUGCUGUUACACAUGGACGAUCCAAACGAAAUGGUGUGUUUCGUUGGAGGCAUUCGACGAAUGCAGCUCGGUGCAGCUCAUUUGCGAAGAUUCCGAUUAUGCUCCAGAGCUAGAUGCGAACUCACUUUUGUUCUUCGACACAUGUUCUGUUUCCGAAGACAGUGAGGAGCUGCUUUUGCAUAGGUUGGCUUUGCUACCGAACUUAAGCACCGCUGCGACCGAGUUGAACAGUCCAAUUGCUAUGGCUUCAACUGCAGAACUGCAAGGAACAAAUGCUAGUCGAAUCAAUAAAUUACCAGCAAAUAAUCCAAAUAAAGAAGUUACACUUGCUAAUGCUUCAACAGAAGGCUCAGCUGAGCAGAACUGCAAUUCUUUUCAACCACUUGGAAAUUCCAGCAUGCUUGCUGCACGAAACUCAGUUCAAGUGUGCGAAAAACGGGAUGAGAGCUUGAGCAUAAUGAAAAAUUCGACACAAGACAUUUCCGGAACUUCAGAUUUCAAAUAUACUGAAAAGCAGUCUAUAGAACUAUCAGAUCUGAAACCAGUAAGACCAUCAUCAGUGAUCAGUCCGUCAGAAGAAGAUGCUAGUUCGUUGCAUAACAUUGAAUCAAUCGAUGAUGAUAACGACGAAACUCUGGAUGAGAUGGAAAGCACGAUGGUGAUCUGUAAUCCACACGCCAACGUCAUUGAUGUAUUGCCAACGAUAAUGGAAGGGAGCGAAAGUUCUAAAAAUACGACUUCAUUGAUGAAUAUCAGUACCAAUACUAUAAUUACCGCUGGCACGCCAAGUGCCAGUUUUCACUUAAAAAGCGGUUCAACUGUCCAUGAAACAGCAUUUAUGACGACAGAUGAAACAGACUGCCUUACACCAACGUUGGAUACCAGUGACGACGACGACGAUGUUGACGAGUUAAAUUACCUGGAUCAGUACAAGAAACGAGUAAUUCUAAUAAAUGAAAGUGAAAGUGAAAUGCCUUUCGAGGAAACUAACAUUUGCGUAGCAUACAAGCGCUGCUCAAAUAAGUUGAAAGUACUGGCAGUACUGUCUCCGGAGGUGCGGGCUAAAGCUGAGGCGUCUACUGUUUUAGGCGAGGAUUUUGAUGUUCUGAUUGAGCAGCCAGACGAAGUAUCAAACUUCACAAUAAAAAUUUUGGACCAAAUGAGUGAUUCAAUAAGUCUUGACUUGUUCCUCCCAUGUACAAUCGAUGUUGACUUAUCUCUAACGCAGGAUGAGCAGUAUGAGGCAGUUCUUUCUUACCAGGCAGGACAGCUCCCUGUCAGUGGAAUCGAGGAACGCAAGCCAACACCGGAGCAACCUUGUGAUGUUGGUGAAGAUACCGAGCGAUGCACUGGGGUUUCUGUAAGCAUUGCAGCACGAAGCAUGUACGACGUUGCACUCGCGUCUCUUGAAGAAAUACCUUGGGGCGAAGUUUCUAUGCAUAUCGUUUUGCAAUCAGAUAUGGUUCAGUCAGUUAGCGAUUCGGAAGCUAAAAGCUCUCUUAUCCAAAACGUUACUGUAUCAGAAUCUACGGAAACCGAGAAGCGAUCAUUACGCUCACAUGAAUCGAUUCGAUCGUCAUCGCAGCACUCUUUCGAUUUAUCCGAAUUUGGAGAUCGUUACGAUAGUUGGCAAAAUAUUAAUGUACCGAGUUACGUAAUAAAGGAGGGCUCAACUGCAACCGUCACCUGCGAAUUUAACAAUUUUUUGUCCCCAGGAAGUGUCAUUGAUUGGUUCAAGGGUAAAGCAAUGAUUCAGAUUGAGCCUGGAAAGACAGAUCGCAUAAGUCAUGAUUUGCUGGAGGUUCUCGUAAUUUCGCAUGUUGACGUCAGCGAUGGUGACGUUUACAGCAUAAGAGUAAACGACGUCGUUUAUCCUGUUGCCUGUUUAAUCAUUGAGGAUGCCGAUGGUUCAUCCGACAGAAUAGCUGAGGAUAUUCGUUUCCUAAGCCCACCGCAAACUCUCUUCGUAAUGGAGGGCCAGCCAUCCAUCAUUUCGUGCCAGGUUAAUGCUACUGACCAGAAAGUUGAGUGGUGUAAGGAUAACAAAAAGUGGGUGGUCGAAAAUGAGCGCAUUCGGCUGCAAGCUGAUCGAUUCGGAUAUCACCGUAUUAUCAUUGACAGAUCGGAACUGGAAGACCAGGGGACAUAUUAUGCAUUUCUGGGUGAUCACUUCACAACAGUUACACUUGUUGUUGAAGAACGGAUCGAGGAGCGCGAAGUGACUAUCAAUGCAUGCGGAACAGAAAGCGAGGAAGAUGAUUAUCGUGAAUAUCUGGUACCACCAGGUAGUACGGCUACGAUUGCUUGCGAGCUAGAGAAUAAUGAUGAGGUACGCGAGCUGGUGUGGCGUAAAGACGGAGCACGGAUUGAGUUCCUGGAUGAUACAAAAGUGGAGCAUGUGGUAAAUGGGCUGAAACACUACCUAGUGAUCCAUGAUACCGAUGGCGGGGACUCAGGAUGCUACAGUGUAUGUAUCAACGAUAUCGAAUUCAAAAUUGCGCACAUGAUGGUUUGUCAUUGCGCAACACCAAUUGCUGGUUGCAAACACACCCGGCGCAUCUCCAGCAGUUCCCUACACCACAACAACCAUUAA